AUGGAAAAAAGUUUGUUUUUGAGAAACAAAUAUUGGGUUUUAAGGCACGGAAAAAGCAUUCCUAAUGAAAAGGGUCUUAUUGUUUCUUCUAUGGAAAAUGGAAUCAAGGAAGAAUACCAAUUAGCAGACGAAGGUGUUGGUCAGGCACAGUUGGCUGGAGAAUUGUUCCUUAAGGAAUUGAAAGAGAGAAACAUACCACUUGAAAGUGUUCGCAUCUGCUACUCUCCAUUUGCAAGAACAAGCCACACUGCCAAAGUUGUUGCAUCUGUUUUGAAGCUUCCCUUUGAAGGCCCUCAAUGUAAAAUGAUGGAAGAUCUUCGAGAACGCUAUUUUGGUCCUUUAUUUGAACUUUUUACACAUGAUAAGUAUUCAGAGAUAUGGGCAAUUGAUGAGAAAGAUCCACUCAUGCGGCCAGAAGGUGGAGAAAGUGUUAACGAUGUUGCUACUAGACUUGCAAGUGCUGUGGCAAUUAUUGAGUCAGAAUUUCACGGGUGUGCGGUCUUGAUUGUGAGCCAUGGUGACCCCUUGCAAAUCUUGCAAACAAUACUAAACGCAACCAAUCAAAACACAGAGUCCUCCUCUAGUGACUUUGCAUCAAGAAUUCAAGCAGCCAAGGUCCCUUCCAUCUUGUCUCAGCACCGGAAGUUUGCACUGCUUACUGGGGAACUUAGAUCAGUUGUAUAA